AUGAGUAAAGUAGUAUCAAUAUGGAAUAUUAGAAUCAAUAAUGAUUCGUUUAUUGAAUAAAUUUAUGUUUUAGAUUGCAAUAUAAGAAAUAUUAUGUAUUAGUUUGUUUUGAUUUCAAUAAUUAUUUCAUUUACUUUUGCUUGCUCAUUGAAAUAAUUAACAUGUGAAGACUUAUUAGAUAAAAUUUCAUGUGAAUCUGUAGAAUUCCACGUGGCAAAAUGUAAAUGGGAUUAAAAAACGAAUUAGUGCUAAUCAUUGAAUACAAAUUUAAACUAAAACUAGAAUUAUGGGCAAUAUAAUGAGUGUGGUUGGAAUUAAAAUUGUGACUAGAAAAAGCUAAUGUAAGUUAUAAACUUAUUUAAUAAAAGUGAGGAAGAGAUAUAGAGUUGUUACAGUAUUACUUCUUUUCAGGAGUGCAUUAAAUUUAAUAAUAAUGGUAUAGGAUGCACAUGGAAACAUAAUAAAUGCUAUUAAAUAUCACAAUGUAGUGAGAUCAAUGAUUUUAUGUAAUGCAGAAUAUCGAGAAUGAAAGAGAAGUAAUACUUCUGAUAUUGUAUUAGAUGCUAAUUAGUUAUUAAUGGAAAAUCAUCACGUAUGGAAAGACAAUAUUUUUAUUUAGGCGAUUUGUUUGAUGAAUACGAAUGCAGAGCAAAAGAUUGCAAAUUUAAUUUAUUUUCCGAAUGUUAAAAUUUUGUGAAUGGGAGAAGAUGUUUCUAAUAUUAUGGGGAAUGCACUUAAUGUUCAUAUUUCACAACAUAAUAAUCUUGUUCAGAUACAAAUCAAUGCACUUGGCAAAAUGAUGUUUGCAGGAAUAUAUUGUAUUUAAAAAUGGUAAAAACUUAGAUGUUCUGAUUUGAAAGGGAAAUAGUUCUGCUAAAAUAGGCCAUUUUGUUAAUUUAAUGAAUAGAAUUUGCAAUGUGAAACAAAAACUGACGAAAAUCUUUAUUGCUAUGCAUAUGACAUACCAUCUGAUCCAAUAAAAUCAAAAAAAUAAGUUGAAAUUUGA